AUGUCGGCAAGCGAUGACGCCAAGGGCAUGAUCGCCCAGGAGGAGCGAGAGCUGCGACGGGUGUUCGACCACCUUAGCUCGUACCGUCAGAAGAAGAGAUUGGCCCACACGAUAAACGACUGCAAAGAACGACGUCAGCGCUUGGAGGCAAAUAAGAACAACCCCGAGGUGUCAGCGUUGCUCAACGAGAAAGGAGCAAAGAUGACACGUGAUGAGAUCGAGGACGAGCUACGUAAAGUUGACCAGAGCCUGGAGAAAGCCGUCGCCGACCAAACUGCGGUGCAGAACAGCAACGCUCAUAGUCGCGUGAUCAAGAAUGAAGAUCUUUACGAGGCCAUUAAAGCGUUGGGUAAGGUGUGCUCGAAGAAGGAGAUCGGCGACAUGAUCUGGGAGGCCGACGAGAAUCUGGACGGCGUCGUGGACUGGGAGGAACUGCGCGCCAUGUUCAAUCGAAACCUGCUGGACAGAACGGAGCUGGAGCCGGCCAACCUCUUCAACGUUGUCCAGUUCAUGACGUACGACAAGAAGAACUGCGGAGUCAUUACCGCAGAUGACACCAUGGCCAUCCUCUUUGCGCGCUACGGCCAGUCGCAACUCGAAAUGCGCAUGAAGCAGCUAUUUGGUGACAGCGACGAGCUCACAUUCGUUGAUUACCUGGAGCGUGUAGGCAAACAGCGGCGCUCGAACGUCGAAGCGCGAGCGAAGGCGUAGAUAGGCAGCUCUGCAGAGACAAAAAUAUAAGAUGGAGCUUACGUUGAAGC